AUGACUGCCUUUAUCAACCAACAACUUCUAUUCAAUGGCUUUAAGAGACUAGCUUUAAAUAGACUAUCUGCCCCGGUUCGUUUUUCGACUCUGAGAUUUCCUAAAGUGACACCUCGAGUAACAGGAUUGACACUGGCAACCUCAAUUGGAAUUGCUGCUCCUUGGAUACACAAUUCCAGAAAUCUGAUUUAUAAUGAUGCAUUGGUCUCCUUUGAGGAGAAAUCUGACCUGAAGCAGCAAUUGGACUUUCCAAAAGAGCCUCCCGUCAAAAGAACAUCACGCCUAAAUGGAAAGGUAGACUAUAGACAACUUUGCAUUGGAUCAUUAUGUGGUCUAGUCCUGGGUGUAAUAAUGGGAAAGAUAUCCACCUUACUGGUUUAUUGCACUGGAGUUGGAUUCUUGGCUUUACAGUGGUUACAGAAUAGAGAAAUCAUCAACAAAAAUGCCACCAGCCAUCUAUUUUCGAAAUAUAUCAUCAAGAGCGGCAAGGAGACGAUUGAUUUGAACACCUUGCUUUGGGAGAGGCCUAGUUUCAAGAUAUCAUUUCUUUUGACUUUUAUAUUAGCUGCCGCUAAUAUUUGA